CACAGGGGGAUUUCGGGUCCAAUCGUCAGCACACGGUACCAGCUGAUCAUCCCUCCACCCCUCCUCCCCCGCUUCAUUGGUACCUGACCUGCCGUAUAAAAAGCAGACGAGGCGUUUCCCUUGUAUCACGCAGCUCUGUAUUUGGGAACGUGUAAGAAGAAAGCGAAGAGACAAAAUGGCUCUACCACCCACCGAGAUCAACCCUGAGAUGCUGAACAAACUGCUGGAAAAAUUUGGUGUUUCCAACAGUAAAUUUGAGGAUGUCUUGGGUUUGGAACCGUCCGAUGUAAAGGCAUUUACCAAACCAGUCUAUGCUCUGCUGCUGAUCUUCCCACUAACAAAAAAGCAUGAAGAAUUCAGAAAUGAGCAAGUUAAGAAACAGAAGGACAAAAAGCUGGACUCCAAAGUGUAUUUCAUGAAGCAGACCCUUGAAAACCUUAGUGGCAUUGUUGCCCUGAUCCAUUCUGUAGCUAAUAACAAAGAUUCAGUGAGUUUUGGUGACAAUUCAUCAUUGAAGAAUUACAUUGGUGCAUCUGCUGAUGCUUCACCUGAUGAAAGGGGAAAACUGUUGGCGAAAAAUGAGGCCUUGUUGUCAGAUUACAAGUCUGUUGCGGCUGAGGGCUUUGUCAGGCCAGAGGGAGGUGAGCACUGCAAUGUCAUGGUGCUUGUUGCUGUGAAUAAGCACAUCUAUGAGCUUGAUGGACAAAAUGAACGUCCUAUUGACCAUGGUCCAUUGUCUGAUGAACACUUUCUGGAGAAUGCAGUUAAAGUUUGCAAACGGUACACUGAACAGGCAAAAGAUGAAGUGCGUUUUUCAGCUGUGGCUCUUGUCAAGGAUGCAUAAUCUUAAUGUCGAGCUUCUCAUGGUUCUGUUAAUAAUGCACCUUUGUUUAUCUGACACUUAAGCUUCUUAGCUGAUUCACCUGUUAGCCACUCCAAAAAAUGCUUUUCAAACUGAUCACCUACCUAUGAAAAAUGUGCCUGCCUUGUGGUUGUUUUGCACUUCUGUUCUGUAGUUGUACUAAAUAAAACUAUUU